ACAUAAAAAUAAAAUAAAGCGGCAACUCUGUAAGAAUACUACUUGACAGCUGAUUGAAGAACGGCACUUUAUGUUGUUUAGUUUUUUUUGAACUUAAAUAAAUAAUUAAGCGUUUUUGGAAAAAUGAUUUCGCUACAAACGCAACCGAAGUUCUUGAGGCCUGCAGAGCAAGAUGACAUACCACUCAAAGGAGAAGAUGACCCGGCAACUACAACAUUUAUCUUCAAUGCGCAUCGUUCGCUGGGCAUAGCUGAGCAGCGGGAAAAACUACCAAUACGGAACUAUCGCAACCACAUAUUAUACUGUCUGGAAAACCACCAAAUUGUCAUUUUAGUUGGCGAGACUGGCAGUGGUAAGAGCACACAAGUACCACAAUAUCUAUGUGAGUGGGGCUGGCAUGUGAAAGGCUUAAUUGGUGUGACAGAACCAAGGCGCAUAUCCGCAAUCACCUUAGCAGACAGAGUUGCGUUGGAGCGUGGUGAAUUGGUUGGGAACACUGUUGGCUAUGUUGUUAGAUUUAUGGAGCGAAUUUCAAACAACACAAAAAUAAAAUAUAUGACAGAAGGUAUACUGCUACGAGAAUUACUAGCAGACCCACUAUUAAUGCAAUACAGCGUUAUUAUUGUUGAUGAAGCGCACGAAAGGAACUUGCUGACUGACACCGUACUGGGAUUGCUUAAGAAAAUUGCACGUAAACGAGAGUCUUUAAAAAUUAUUAUAUCUUCUGCUACUAUUGAUGCGGAAUUUUUUCGCGAAUUCUUCGAUAUCAAGCGCAAGAAGUCAAGCAAGCCAUCCAGCAUUGUGUUGACGGUUGAAGGUAGAAUGCAUCCAGUUAAAAUACAUUAUAUAAAUAAGCCUUGUCCAGAUUAUGUACGUGAUACAGUGGAAACUGUUUGGAAAAUACAUAAGAAGGAAGCAGCUGGUGAUAUUCUGGCAUUUUUAACGGGACAGGAAGAAGUAUUGGAAGCUUUAGAUUUGUUGAAUGAAUAUAAAAAUAGCGAUAAUUCGGAAGAUAUACAAAUUUUACCUAUGUAUGGUGGUUUGCCUAGCAGAGACCAGCUCAAAGUGUUCUUUACAUUAGCAAAAGGAGUGCGUAAAGUAGUUCUUGCAACUAAUAUUGCAGAGACGUCUAUAACUAUACCCGGCAUUGUGUACGUCAUUGAUUGUGGAUUUGUGAAAGUGAAAUGGUACAAUCCAGAAAGCAGUUCUGACAGUCUUGUUGUAGUGCCGGUGAGUAAGGCGACUGCAGUGCAGCGUGCUGGGCGAGCAGGGCGUGUACGUGCGGGAAAAGUGUAUCGACUUAUCACAGAAGCAGACUUUGAAAAGCUUCCUGAACGUUUACCAUCAGAGAUGUGCCGCUCAGAGCUUAGCGCAAGUUUACUGCAUCUAAAAGCAUUGGGUAUUAGUAAUGUGUUACGUUUCGAUUUUCCAUCAGCUCCACCAGCUAAAAAUCUGCUCUCAUCGUUGGAGACGUUGUAUGCAUUGGGUGCUAUUAAUGAGCAAGGAAACCUAACUAAACCAGUUGGUUAUUUUUUAGCUGAGUUGCCGUUUGGACCGAUGCUUGGAAAAAUGUUAUAUAUAUCAGGACAAUUGGGCUGCUCCGAAGAAAUAUUGACAAUCAUCGCUAUGUUGCAAGUGGAAUCUGUUUUUUCGAAACCCGUAACUGCGCAAGCACAAAUGAAAGGAAGAGUUGCGAAUCGUAAUUUCGAGGUUGCUGAGGGCGAUCUUAUAACUUUGCUUAAUGUUUACACCGCGUUUGUGGAAAAUGGACGCACCAAAGAAUUCUGUGGUCAAUAUUAUUUAGUUUAUCGGAAUUUAAAGCGCGCCUACGAAUUGCGUGAACAACUUGUUAGCUUAGCAAAUAAAAAGUUCGGCGUAGCAUUAUUUUCCUGUGAUGGGAAUGUCGAGAUGCUUUGCAAAUGUAUAACAGCUGGAUUCUUUAUGAAUGCAGCCUACUUGCAUCAUUCCGGUGUUUAUAGAAAAAUAACCAGCGAUACGGAAUUAUUUAUUCAUCCCAACUCAACGCUCUAUACUAUACAACAGCCUCAGUUUAUAGUCUACAGCGAAUUACUGCAAACAACAAAACUCUUUAUGAUGAACGUAACAGUUAUCAAAGAAGAAUGGUUAACGGAAGUAGCACCGCAUUUCUAUUGUAAAAAAACUUUACGGAAAUAUAAAUGACCUGAAAGGCUUUCUGAAUAGUACAAAAGGCUGGCGCCAUAAAAAUGAUCCAAGUUCUAAGCCUGGCACUUGCAAUCCAUAAAAUUGUGAAUAUUGCAAUCCAUAAAGUUAUUUCCAAGGGACACUGAUGAUGGAGGUUAGGUAAUACACGAAAAACCUGUAUGGUCAGCUGAAAUAUCAAAUUAAUUAAUUACAAAAAAAUAUUUUUUCUUCGA